UUUUUUAUAAUUAAAUUAAUAAAUAAUGAAUACUCCUCAUAUAUCGACUCAUGUAUUGGACACAAGUAGAGGACUUCCUGUAGCGAAUUUGCCAGUGAGUCUUUAUAAAAAUACAAACACCUGGACUUUGAUUAGUGAAAGUAAGACAACAUCAGAUGGCCGAUGCUCCGAUUUAUUAGAAUUAGCUGGACAAUCAUUAACAAUAGGACGUUAUAAACUUAAAUUUAAUGUAGAAAAUUAUUUUAUUACAACUGAAAGAUCGUCAUUGUAUCCAAUCAUUGAAGUUAUAUUUGAUAUUAAAAGUCUUGAUAGAAAUUAUCAUUUGCCACUUUUGUUGAAUCCGUUUGGAUAUAGUACGUACCGAGGAACUUGA